ACCACCACCACUACUACUACUACUACUACUACAACAACAACAUUUAUUUUCUUUUAUAAUACUACUAUUGUUUGAGUAUACUAUUUACCUAAACUACAUACACAAAAAAAAAACCUCCUCAAGUUUACCAAAUAUGGUUACCGUGGAGGAAUUUCGCAAGGCACAACGGGCCGAGGGCCCGGCCACCAUCAUGGCGAUCGGCACGGCUACACCCGCCAAUUGUGUCCUUCAGAGUGAGUAUCCGGAUUACUACUUCAGGAUCACCAAUAGUGAACACAAAACUGAGCUCAAAGAAAAGUUCAAGCGCAUGUGUGACAAAUCCAUGAUUAGAAAACGUUACAUGCAUUUAACUGAGGAGAUUCUCAAAGAAAAUCCAAAUCUUUGUGCUUAUGAGGCACCAUCAUUGGAUGCAAGACAAGAUAUGGUUGUUGUUGAAGUACCUAAAUUGGGUAAAGAGGCUGCUACAAAGGCCAUCAAAGAAUGGGGCCAGCCCAAAUCAAAGAUAACCCAUUUGGUAUUUUGUACCACUAGUGGUGUGGACAUGCCUGGUGCUGAUUACCAGCUCACUAAGUUAUUGGGCCUUAGACCAUCAGUCAAACGUUUGAUGAUGUAUCAACAAGGUUGUUUUGCUGGUGGAACUGUUCUUCGUUUAGCCAAAGAUUUGGCUGAAAAUAACAAAGGUGCUCGUGUAUUGGUUGUUUGUUCUGAAAUUACUGCUGUUACUUUUCGUGGGCCUAAUGAUACCCAUCUCGAUAGUCUUGUGGGCCAGGCCCUAUUUGGUGAUGGUUCGGCUGCUUUGAUUGUUGGGUCUGACCCAAUUCCUGAAGUUGAAAAGCCCAUUUUUGAAUUGGUCUCUGCGGCCCAAACUAUACUUCCUGAUAGUGAUGGUGCUAUUGAUGGUCAUUUACGUGAAGUUGGGCUUACUUUUCAUUUGCUUAAAGAUGUUCCUGGGCUUAUUUCUAAGAAUAUUGAGAAGAGUUUAAAUGAGGCUUUUAAGCCUUUGGGUAUUUCUGAUUGGAACUCACUUUUUUGGAUUGCUCAUCCUGGUGGCCCAGCUAUUUUGGACCAAGUUGAGUCCAAAUUGGCUCUUAAGACUGAGAAAUUACGUGCCACUAGACAUGUGCUUAGUGAGUAUGGUAAUAUGUCAAGUGCUUGUGUUUUGUUCAUUUUGGAUGAGAUGAGAAGGAAGUGUGUUGAAGAUGGGCUUAACACCACUGGUGAAGGACUUGAAUGGGGUGUCUUGUUUGGAUUUGGGCCUGGCCUCACUGUUGAAACUGUGGUCCUUCACAGUGUGGCUAUUUAGAUUAUAUAUUACUUUAAUGGGCUUUUAGUGGGCCCACACAGCCCAUUGCUUUCUUCUUGUGUUUUCUUUGAACUUGUUUGUAUUUGGGUCAUUUUGCGAUUGGUGAUUUGUGAUUCUGUGAGGGAAACCCCACAGUAGUCUAGUCAAAGUCUUCUUAAAUUAAUGCUUGUGUUGCUAAGGGAUUUGUGUAGCAACUUAUUAUAUAGUGAAGAAUAAUAUGCUCCAUUUUUUUGGAGUAAAGUAUUAAUUUCA